UCCAGAUAAUACUGCCAAUGUUCUGCCACGCAGUCCAAUAACAGUUUUCUCUAAUAAACACCAUUGUUAUAUGUCGGAAAUACAGGCGUAUUAGUGGAACGACAUGCUCGUAAAAAUGUCAUACACUAUAUUGUAAUUUCAUUAGGACUGUUUAAAUUUCAAAGAGUGCAUUGAAAUCAAUUUGAAAAUAAGAAUGUACAUAAUGGACUUUUCUGUUUAAUUAAUGUAGACGAUAUUUGCCUGAUGCAUGUGUACGUGUUUGACAGUAGUACCAGGAAUAACAACAUGUGGAUAUUUUGAUUUAACUUGCCAUAAUGAGGGUUUUAGAUAUCUACCAGAAUAAUCAGGUGCUUUACCAGAUGCACGAGAUGUAUAAGUCAGGGCCGACUUGGAAAGAACUGAAACGCGUGCAGUUGCUUAACGAAAGGCAACGUGAAGAUGAUCAGCGCUGGGAUGAAGAAUUCAUCCGAAGACGACAAGAGCUGGAGCAACAAAGACAACUCUCCAGUCAAAGGAGAGUGCGAAGUACAAAUAAACUAUCGGAACUUUCCGCCAGAUGGCGUAACUUGGAACAAAAGCGAGUGGAGAAAAAUGAACUUUAUCUCGAAAGACUUAGAACCAGUCUCAGCAUCGCUUUGAGAGCGGAAUCUUUGUCGUCUGGAUCACCGUUCAUGGACAGAUGAUAUCUGCUAUACCGAUUAUCAGAAUAUACAGUAUUAUUGUAAAUAGUUUGUACUCGAAACUGUUCUUGUCAUAUAUAAUAUCGAGCUCAAUUUUGUGUACGUAUGUAACAUACUUUUGGCUGACUAAAUGUUAGGCCUUACAAAUGCAGGUGUCGUGACGCUGUCGUCUGGAUUUAUUGUUGUGAUCCCGUUCAAUAUCAAUAUAAAGAAAAAAGUGUGCAUUAUAUACAACUAGUCUUGCUGUUUUAUAGCAUGAUUAAUUGUUAUGAAUUUAAUUAUUUCCCUUUUAUUGGUAUUAUGUUAUGGCUGUGUUUGUAAAGAUAAAGUCUCUCCAAUACCUGGCAUAAUUAAAGGCUUUAUAUUAA